UUCCCCGAGGAAGACAGUGACAUGCUUAUGGAGCCAAAUGAUUUCUCACCCAUAACCAUUUUGCGCUCACAAGAAAGACAAUUUUAUGAACCACCUACCACAACAACAGCACAACACUUCCGUCCAAUACAAAGUUCACGUUACAAUGCAAGAGCUGAUGUGCCGGAGCCAAUACGUCGUGUUAACCCAGCAGAUUCUCACAGUCAGGCAGCACAAAAUUACUAUCCACCCUUCUUCCGGGAGGCACCACCAUCCGGACAUUCUCGUCCAUAUUUCUCGUUACCCGAUACGCCAUUUGUACCCAAAUAUGCUGAAGCACGUCCAGAAGGUAAUCUUGGUCCUGGUCUGGCACCGAAUCAAAAACAAGGUGGCUACGAUGCUUCCAUAUUAGGUUCGGGAGAUUUUGGUGUUAUACGUGGUGGCACAUUCUAUCCCGAAGAAGAAAUGCCCUAUCAUCCAGAAGACACUGUUGAUUUUGUACAAAAAUACACAUAUCCCGAAGAGCAGUUUGCACAUUUCCGUGAUUUUGCCGAUAUUAAUGUGCCUGUGGAUACUGCGUUCUCACAUUUUGUUGUGGUGUAUCAGGCCAAGAACUCCACCAAACCCAGUAAUCAUCCACAUCCGAAAAAUAUUUUUGAACAAUUGGAAUUGCUGGAUAAGGAAAAGGCCGCCGAAGAAAAGAAACUCAAAAAGGCUAAACAUUCAAGUAAAUCCAAAACGAAAUUGGUCAAAACAAAACUGCAACAAAAGAAAUACAAAAAGAAAUCGGUACAUAAGGAAUUGGAAGAUGAACCAUUGUUGGCUUUAAGUUAAGAUAAUCGA